CUAGCAUGGUUAACACUGAUAAGAUUGACAUACUAGAAGAUCCAGUACCAAGAUAUUUUACUGAAACAACAGAACCAUCAACUACAUCAAAUCCUCCCCCAUUCGGAUUCCGUCUCACAGCUUUUCCAUGGUUAGCUUUGACCCCUACAGAUCGCCAUGUUCUAGAAUCUACCAACAGAUCACUACAAAGUCGAGACCCUAAAAUGCUUGUUAGUGCUUGUGAAUUUUUAGGUGAUGUAGUCUUCCAAGAUUUUCCAUCAGAGAUCUUCUUACAGAGACCUCAAAUUACAAAAAGUUUAUGGUCACUUCUUUUACCUUCUAAAGAGAAGAAUUAUGAUUUAUCAGCGCAGUCAGCAGACACAUUAACCGAUCUUACUCGCUGUUUACGUUCAAGAAUUCAUUUUUAUCAAGAUCCAGCUUUAUACACACCUAAUCAAGAUUUUUCCUCUGCAUCACCAACUUCAUAUUCUAUUGGAGAAGGAUCCAACCAAUCAGGAAACUCAACAGAUUCUAGACCAUCAGUUCUUGGGUGGAAUGAUACACGCCAUCGUGGUGAUGGUAGAGAUGGAGACACAUCUUCUAGCAGGGCAUCAAGUUUAGUGCUGGACGGUGAAAGAUCUAGAGAAGAAACAGAUUUUAACGAUUGUUCAUCAUUACAACAUCAUCAAAUAUAUAUCCCACAAUUCUGUUUGAAUACCAUGUUAAAAUCACUGCCAUUAUUACAAACCAAAGAUGAAACAACGGCUGUAAAGAUUUUCAAUCUCUUACAUCAAGUAGUCGCUAUAUUUACAGAAAUUAUGGGUGAUAUUUGGUCCGACAGCAGUGAAAUGACCCGUGAUACUAUGGAUAAACUACAGGAUUGUCUGGUUAAUAUUUCUACAUUAUUGGAAUUUCACGGUCAUCAAGAAUCUCGAUCUAACGAAGCAGAUAUUACUCGUCAUAGAUUGAUAUACAUCGGUGUUUGUCAUCUCUUUGUUAAAAUAAUUAUACUGAUACCACGGAAUAAGUGUGUUAGUAUUGUACCGGAACGAUUGAUUGUUUCUAUAUGUAGAGUUGUAUUUGAUGAAAGUCUUGCUGGUAGUUAUGGUUAUAUUAGAACUACUUUAUUACCAUAUCUACAAGAACUAGAUACACAGUCUCAUCACAAAUAUUACUCUGCAUCUAGAAUUUGUCAAGCUAUGAAGAAAACCUGUCAAUUUGCACAGGCUGUUAAAAAUGGGGGUCAUUUACCAGAAGAUAUUAUAACCAUGGCAACAGAUGCCUUACCCAGCAUGCCAUAUCACCAGUAUUUACCAAUGAUUACUGAGUUCAUCAAAUUUGUAGCCAAUCAUGUAGGAAGUCGUUUACUACCAGAUAAAAAUAUUUUAUCCUCAGCAAGGAAAUUGAUACUAAGAUUUUUAUCUCAUCCAUUAAAUAAUGUUCGACAAUUUACAUAUAAGGCAAUACUACAUCACAUACAGGCAGUGUUGAAUGUAAAAGAAGCUGCUGACCCUCGAUCACGUUCCUGUUUACAAGCUUGUUUUCUUCUAGAUUCAGAUAUCUUGUAUGAGCUGGUUGUAUUUGGUCUAAAUGAUUCAGAAAAAGAGAUAUCUGUGGUGUGUACUGAACUAAUACAUCAUGUAUUAAACAGUAGAUAUUUGAUGAUAGAAGAUAUGUGGCCGACAUUAAUACAGGCUUUAUAUAGAUCAUUUCCUGUAAUACAGUCUUAUUGUGAUAUGUCCACUAAGCUUGGUCAGAAGAUAUGGUCAAUGUUAGAUCCUAAAUCAAGUACAGAAUUAAUAUCUUUACAAGAUAAAUUGCGAGGAUGUCUUCGACUUCUCUUUUCUCAUGAUCUACAAGUACGUACCAGAGUCCUGGAGAGAAUUUCAUGGUUUUUAGCGAAUGAAGAAGAAAGUGAUAAAAAGAUACCAGUAUUCUCUGAUCUGGAUGUUAAUAAUUUAUGUGAUACGUUGAUUGUCAAGAAUGUACGUAAUGUGGAAGAGGAUAUUGGUCGUUCUGUCUUUCAGAUGGAUAGUUUAAAACAAGUCUAUGAUAUAUUUAAUGGUUCAUCAGUUGAUCCUACAGUAAAGAAAUCUGCUGCUGAACAAUUAGCUAUUAUGUUACAUGAUACAAAUCUUCAUACAGCAUUCCGUGAAACUGGUGGUUUAGAAGUUAUAUUAGAUAUAUUAAGAAAGGGUGUUUAUAAAACUACUGAUGCUCAGACUGGAGUACCUAAUUAUUUACCUGCCUGUAUUUCUAUACUACGUUAUAUACUACAUCAUGAUUAUAAUCUACGUCAUAAUCUAGCUCAUGAUCCACAGAUAUACUACACUUUACUCCGAGUUGCUCUUCUGUAUAUGAAUGAUGAUAAAACCCAUUAUGACAUCAGCCAUAUUUUAACCUUAUUAUUAUUUGAUGAGACUUCAAAGUUUGAUGUCGGUAAUUCUAAAUCAGGAACAACCUUCACCUUGCCUGCUGUAGUUGCUAAAAGAUAUAAACUGCCAUUUAAACCUUCUUGUCAUCAUGAUAUUAGUCCUCAUGCUGUGACCAUUACACCUGACCCUGACCCAUUGACAUCUGGUGAGGCUAUGGAAAUGUUAAGAAUUUCAUGGAAUCUGUCUUGGAAUGAUGGAAUGGAACAACUUUUAGAUUUGAUUAAACUUGACAAAAAACAGACAGAUGCUUCCCAAGAAUUUUCAUCAACACUAAAACUGACCAGCGUAGAUCGUUAUAUACUAGAAACAUCAUGUCUUAAAUCACGACUACAGAAUGGUGUGUUUGCGAUAUCAAAUGGGACAUCUCACCGAGCUGUUAUUGUGGCACUGGACCGUCUGUUAACCUAUAUAACAAUAGGUCAUGGAUCAUCUUCUGUGGAAAUUUUACAUGAGAUGGAAUGGUGGACAGUUUUAACAAGAUUUCUAGAAGUGACCCCAUCAUCUGCAGCUGAUGAAGAAUUAUUGUUUAAAAUCUUGGAUUUCAUCACCUUUCUAUUAAAACUAACCAAUCAUAUACCAGAUAACAUUUUACAAUGGAUUGGAGAAAGAUUAUAUCAAGCAUCAGGUCCUCUCAUUGGUUUACUGAGUAGGUCUUCAGCCAGUGAUUCGUCAAAUAUAGAAGAACAAGUAGUGCAAAUGAGACGAUUAUUAGAUAAAACUUUACUUCGGUUCAUCUCAGUAUUUAAUAGUAAACUUCCAUAUCAACUCACUAGAAGAUUGAGUCUACAUCAGAUGCGAGGUGAUUUAGUAAAGGAAUUAUUUCAAAGACUCAAUGUCACUGAUGCACCUCAUUUUUACAAUCUAGCAUCUUUAGAAGGAACACUAACUUCUCUUAUGCAUGUCACAGCAAGACCAGGCUGGAGUGAAGAAUGUUCAAGUUUAGAUCCACAUAAUCUAACAGCUCAAGUAUUAAACUGUCUUUUAGAGGUGGUAUCGGCUUUCCAUAUUGGUCGAGGAGGAACCCUCAUGUCUUACAUGGGAAAGGGAGUUACUAAAGCAGCAACUCUUUGUCUUCGUCACCUAGCCUUUGAGAUGCCUAAAAUAUCUGAAAAAGAUGAUUGGCAGAAGAAUUGGUUAUAUUCACGUCAAGGUGCAGAUGCUGUAGGUGAACCAGGGUUAAAUUGGAUGUUGACAUUAUGGGCAUAUCGGGAUCCAGAGGUGAGAGCGGCAGGAUUGGGUAUAGCCAUGUCACUGACGUCAACAGAAGCGGGUCGCAUUAUGAUGACAUCAAAUUGUAAACAUAUACCAGGGGGUAUCUGGGGAGCUGCUUUCACUAUUUUAUUGAACCAAUCAGAAUGUAGUAUUGUUCGCCAACAGGCUGCCAUGCUAUUAAUUAACCUAACAUCACAGACAAUGCCUAGUGGUAAUUUAGAAGGAGGACAAACAAUGUGGCAAGGACCUGUUGUUACUGAUGAAGAAUUUCAGAUGACAUUAGUUGGACUACCAGCUCUAUUAGCUUUACUACAUCAUAGUCAAUUUUAUCAACAAAUGGUGGUAUUAUUGUCAAACUUUUACCCAUAUGCCUCAGUACAGACAGUAUCUGUUGACAUGGAAACACAGUUACCAACCAAUGAAUCAGAAGUUUCCUCUUCAGCUGGUAGUACAACUGGUACAUUCACACCAUUUUCUUUUGCUACAUCCCAACAUUUCAGUCAUCGUUCUCAGCAUUUAUCUAUUGGAACAAUAAGUAGUCCUGAAUCUACUAGGUCUUAUGGUCAAGGUGAAACAACAAGUACAAUAAGUCCAGAAUCUGGUGAUUAUAUAGCUGAACAUAGUGUUGUUACUCCAUGUUUGGUUACCGGGGUAACGAAACUUCUACGCAAUAUAGUUAUAUUAGCUCCAAAAGAUACUUUUGAAUGUUUGAAAAGAGAUUCUUUUAUACAGAUAUUUCUAAGUAUGUUAGAUAUAUCAAUAGUUCAAGCAUUAUGUAAAGAUUUACAGAAUGGUACCACCUGUAAUCAGACGGAGUUAGUUUUACGUGAUUUAAUACUCAUGUAUGAUGGGAUAGUUGAUCUAUUCCGUGUGUGUAUUGUUUAUGAUACACCAAUCAGAAAUGAUAUAUUGAAUUGUUUAGAACCACUACAAGCCAUAGCGUCUUUAUUAUUACUCGAAUGUGAAGGUAGUACAGAUAUCUAUACUUGUUGUUGUAAAUUAUGGAGAACUAUUUUUACUUUCUUCACCAAUCUACUACAAAUUCAAGGUUCUACAACUCUUCAUUCACUGACUUCUGUUUUCACAAAACUCUGGCCAGCCAUAACAGAUUCAUGUAUGGGUAUAAUACAAGUUCAUGUAAAUCAAACACAAGAUUUAUAUAUAACAUGUUUAACAUUCCUGGCUGUUUUAUUCUGUGAAGAGGGGAAAAGAUUUUAUAGAUCAGCUGAAUCAGAUGUAAUAACACUCACAGAACUACUAGAUCAAACAUCUAAAUCAAAAAAAUUUACCAAAGAAACCAGUUUACAAUCCUGUGGUUCCCGUUUAUGUAAAGUUUUGAUUGGUUCAUAUGAGCUUAAUUCAACAAAACCAAAAGAUUCCAACCAAUCAGGCGAAAGAACAUUGAUUAUUAAUGUAUUAAAGUCCCUACUUGUGAUUUGUCAGUCAGCUAAACAAACAGCAUUAGAAGAUGGCUUAGCCGAGACUCUCAUAGAGAAUAUAAAACAGUCACAUUCAAAGUUGAUUUUUGAAUCGGUACAACCUUCCAAAAACACUAUACGGAAAAAGGAAGAUCCAAUUAUUCAGGAAUUGGUUAUGACUUAUGAUCUGCUGAGAAAUUUUAUGUGCCAAAAUUCUGAUGUCAAGACUGCAUGUUAUCACAGUGGGUUAAGUUCCGUCUGUCAUAAAUUAUGGGCAUGGUGUCAAGUUGAACCUACUUUGAUGUCAGCCAUGUUGAAUCUGCUUACUACAUAUACAGCUCAAUGUUCAACAGCAACCAGUUCACUAGCAUAUACCAGUCCUACUGGAAUAUCAUCUGCUAUACCAGGCAAAUCACCUUUAUCAUCUAACUCUUUAGUACACAGUAUAAUUAAACUAGCUAAUAGAGAAUUAGAGAAAGAUAUGUCUACUAUUAUUAAAACUAUAUUUAGUCUACUAUGUAAUAUAGUCAUGUCAGCUGAAGGUAGAAACAUUAUGUGGAAGUGUAAUAUGUUGAGUGAAUUUACUCAGCUUAAUCCACAGAAAUCGAAAAAACAGAAACCAAAACACAAACAGUAUUUAGAUGUCUUAUGGUUAGAUUUAUUAGUUAAUCUCUCUUUUACUACAGACGGACAACAAAUUAUAUUUAAAGUUAAUGGUGCUAUUGAUUUAUUGUUAGAUUUUGUUGAACAUGGAAAUCAGAAAUGUUCUGAACUAUCUUUACUGAUUCUACGUAAUCUGUGUUGUCAUACAUCUAAUAAACCUAAGUUAUUAGCUAAUGAAAAACUCAUCCCCUAUAUACUGAAGGUAAUAGAAAAUGGAGGUGGAAAAAAUCAACGAGUUGGCACGUCUGCUCUUUGGGCUCUUAUUUAUAAUAAUCAAAAGGCUAAAGUUUUGAUGAAGAAUGCUAAUAUUUUACCUAAACUGCAAGAAUCGUUAUAUAAUGCCAUGAAUAAAGAACAGAAGUCAAGUAUUGAUGAACAAUAUUCAGAAGAAUUGAAAUGGGUUAUAGGAAGUUUGAUCGAAUAGAAUACCCCAGUAGUAGUAUUAUCAUAUAAUUGUUAUAAUUAUAUAGAUCUGUACAUUUAAUUCUAAAGAGAAAAAAUUAUAACAAUAAAUGUAUUAGCUGUUAAAUUAAGGAAUGGCUGUUGAAACAUUGAUUUAUCUUCUGAUUUCACAUGCAGCAUAAUUUCAACAUUCUGAUGUCAAGGUUAAGUCAUGUCAAAUAGAAACACUGCUAUGAUGACUCUCCACUGUAUAAUCACAUUACAUCAAAUAGAAAGAUUGUGCUAUCAUAUAAAGUCAUCAAUCUGAUUAAAAUACAGAUCUAUAUUUCGCUUCAUUUUUUUAUACUUUCAAUGGCCUCCAUCCACUACAUAAAGAUCUGACCGGUUAUAGUGGAAGGUCGAGUCAGGGGUCAUACGAGCAGCUUUUGACCCUAUGGCAUCAGACAUUUGAUUAAUCAAUCAGCGUUGAUGUAUCUAGUGGGAUACCCACAGUUCCGUGUGCCAGGAACUCGCUGCAACAGACCGUGUAUUGGCUAAUCCCCCACAUCAACCAGAAUGAAGGUGAAAUAACAACUUUUUUUAAGAUCCUAGUGUAGUAAAGAGAAGUGAAACGAAAAUUUGAACUAUAGAAAACCAAACAAAAUAGGAUCUGUGUUUUAAUCAGUCAUUGGUGUUUUCAGGAAUUUGAGCAGGGAUGUCUGGACUCAAGAAUUUUAUAAAAUCAGAAGCUCUGAGAUAUUAUUUCUGCUCAUUUAGGUUCAUACAGGAUUAGAGUGAAGUGGAGUGAGGUCAAAACAGCAGUAUGCUUCACACAUUUGUUGGACCUUGUUUAGAUGAAUGUAGGAGAAAAGAAAAUGCUCUGUACAAGCAAGAGGGGUUCCAGACACUGACUGAACAUUUUCUUGAUGACUCUCCAAUAAAUAAUCUACUCUUAUAAUGCAAAAUCGCUUGCAAAAGCAAUCAUAAGCAAUGAAUUUGUCAAAUUUACACUGAAACAAGAAUUCUUAAAUAUUGAACCAAAGUUUUUAUUCAAAUUCCUAAAACACCUAAAUGUAUUAAUUUUUCUAACAUAAGGUAAAGUCAAAAUUGUUUAUCAAUAAUAUAGGGAAUAAUUGUAUAAUUAACAUCAUUAAAUUAUAAAUUUAUUUACCUAUCAAUGUCAUUGGUUGUAUAUUUAUUUAAGUGACUUGUUUAUUGAUAUAUUAUUGUAAAUUAUAAGUAUUUAUAUACCAAUAUGGUAUCCUGGUCCAUUGUCAUCCUGUAUAUAUUUGUAUUACAUUAGUUACAUAUUCACUUCAUGAUGUAUGUAUUAGCU